CAUCUACCGCUAGUCGUCGUCUAUAUGUACACUCCUUUUCUUGCAAGAAGUUGCAGAAAAGAAGCAACAGAAGAACACUUCACCGUUGAAGAAGAAGAUUUGAGGAGGAGAUGUUGCGCAGUAGCAACGCCCUGAUCGGGGCCAUCAACUUCGUGACGUUCCUGGUGUCGAUCCCCAUCCUCGGCGGCGGCAUAUGGCUGAGCGUCAGGGCCAACAACACCGACUGCCUCCGGUUCCUCCAGUGGCCCAUCAUCAUCAUCGGCGUCGCCAUCAUGGUCGUCUCCCUCGUCGGAUUCGCCGGCGCCUGCUACCGCCUCGCCUGGCUCCUCCGCGUCUACCUCUUCGUCAUGCUCUUCGUCAUCCUCGGGCUCCUCUGCUUCAUCGUCUUCGCCUACGCCGUCACCGACCGCGGCCACGGCCAGGUCGUCAUGGAUCGGGCCUACCUCGAGUACCAGCUCAGCGACUACUCCGGAUGGCUCAAGGACCGCGUCUCCGACCCCGGCUACUGGGCCAGGAUUAGGGUUUGCAUCCGCGACAGCCGCGUAUGCCCUAAGUUGGCCAGGUACGUCCGCAAUUCCAUAACGGGCUUGCCCCAACCAGAGCCGGCGGAGAUGUUCUACCGCAGACAGCUUUCCCCAAUCGAGUCGGGCUGCUGUAAGCCUCCAACUUCAUGUGGCUUUACAUAUGUGAAUGAGACCAAUUGGGUUGGACAGCCUACGUCCUCAGCGAAUGACUUUGACUGCAACCGGUGGAACAACCCCAAUCAGCAGUGGCUGUGCUACCAGUGUGAUUCGUGCAAGGCUGGGGUUCUUGCUAGCAUCAGGCAUAGCUGGAGGAAAGCCUCUGUAAUCAACAUUGUUGUGCUUGUAAUCCUUGUGAUCGUGUAUGUCAUUGCCUGUGCAGCAUUCAGAAAUGCAAAGAGAAUAGACAAUGAUGAGCCCUUUGGAGAGAGCAGGGUUAGUAAAUCAAGGCCAAGUAGGUUCCAUCUUUAGGCAGAAAGAUGGAGAUUGAAGCUUUUCUUUAUGAUAGAAGCAAAGAAAGUUGAUGCUUGCAUCUUUGUUGGUUUUGGUGACUAAAGGAGAGAAGGGGAGAGAGAAAAGAAGAAGAAGAAAGCUUGCAAUUUGAGUGUAACUAAUGUUUCUGCUGUUUGUAUAACUUAUGGUUUAUGUACUCUAUGAUUUAAGAAAUGAGAGUGAGUCUGUCUA